AUGCUCGGCAUCUUCUUUGAAGGAUUUAGAACUAAAAUCUCGAUCCAGUCUGGUAACGUCUAUCUACCAACUCAAGUGGCUAUUCUAUACGAGUCGAGAACCAUUAUGGUCGGGUUCAACUUCGGGAUCUCAUGGAUCGCAUACUUCUUCUCCGCCCUCGCUGCCGCAGCUUAUUGCUAUAGGUACAAGAAACUCCGUGUAGUCGUUGUUUGUGGCUUCACUUGCUUCAUGAUUUUCAAUAUCUGCAUGGCGACAACUCAACUAAGAAGCGGAAAGGCGAUCUGGGCAUACCCCAUUUUCUUUGGCUUGGGUCUUGCUUUGUGUCUGUCGGCUCUUGUCUCCUUCGCGCAGUUCAGUGCCCCCCCGGACAUCAUUAUUAUCGCGAGUGCUCUAGUUUCGACCUUCCGCGGGGUAGGCGCGACUAUUGGUACAGCUACCUUUGCCGCCCUGUUCGAGGCAAAGUUCACCAAGUUAAUGCCUGAAAGAAUCGCUGCUGCUGUCAUCCCGCUUGGGCUUCCCGAAAGCUCACUCCUUCCACUGAUUGGAGAUUUGGUUGGAGGGGAGACAGAGCAGCUGGCUACAGUCAAAGGCGCCACUCCAGAAAUCAUUCACGCCGCUGUGAAAGGCUUAAAGAUCGCCUAUAUCGACUCAUUCCGAUUUGUCUGGAUUAUGGCGGCUGUGUUGUCCGCGGUCGCCGGUGCUGUUUCGUUGUUGUUCAAAGAUUACAAAGAGGACUUCAAUCUCAAGAUCGAUGCUCCGGCUGAGAGCGAGGAAGCUCUUUACGGUGACAUAGUCCAUAAGGAGAAGGUCUGA